GCUCGCUUUUUCAUAUGUUGUUUUUAGUUGCAAAAGCAGCUGUCAAUCUGAAUUCCAAUCGGUUGCCAAUUUAUCAUAAUAAAUUCAAAUUGUUGCUAUAUAGAAUAUCACAAUAAAGCGAUCAUGUUUACGAAAAUAUUCUUAUCUGAUCUUGGCUUUAUCAAUUUGAUUUUAAAAUCAUCGCCUUACCGAACAUCAAAAUUUGGUUGUCCACAUCUCCGACAUCGUAGGCCAUUGUCUAAUCAUGCAGAAAAUUCAAUUAUUCAAACCGACGAGGCCUAUGAUAUUGUCAUUAACGGUGGUGGAAUUGUGGGCUUUUCAAUGUUUGCUGCUAUAAAAUCCUCGCCAUUUUUGUCAGCCAAACGUGUUCUGUUGAUUGAACAACAAUCGCAGCCUCAGCCAUCUUCAUCGGCAAUGCAAGAGAAUCGUAAAUUUAGCAAUCGUGUAUCUGCCAUAACUCUUUCAUCAAAACAAUUUUUUGAACAAUUAAAGAUUUGGAAUUCUUUAUUGCCUUAUGCGAAACCAGUUCAUGCAAUGUAUGUAUGGUCAAACCAUUAUCAAAAUGGAAUCAAUUUUGGACACGAUUCACCAUAUGAAGAUGAAAUGUGUUACAUUUUAGAGAAUACUCGUAUGCUUCAAGCACUGCACGAUCAAAUUGAAUCAAAUUCGAAUCCAUUACAAAAAAUUUCUUACAAAACUUCGGUUGUCGAUAUCAACCAAGAUGUUGAUGUGCGCGAUUCGCAAGCUACUACGAUCAAACUCAAGAUUGUCGAUCUGGAAGAUACUGAACAACAGCAAAAAUCAAUUCAAACCAGGCUGUUGAUCGGUUGUGAUGGAUACAAAUCGAUUGUACGCUCAAAAUCGACAUUGCCUUAUUUCGAGGCUGAUCUUGACCAAAUGGGCAUAGUGGGAACUUUGGAAGUUGAAACUCUUAAUAAGGAUAAUAGUAUAGCAUUUCAACGAUUCGUUAGUGAUCAAUUAGUAAUUGCAUUGCUGCCACUUGAUGAAUGUCAUUCAUCUUUGGUACUAUCAGUACCUAAACAAUCUGUACAAGAUUGGAUGAAGCUUUCUGAUCAGGAAUUCGUCUCUCGGCUCAACAAUGAAAUUAUUCGUGAGCCAAAAAUACAAAACCCGCUAGAUAAGCUUGCAUCUACAUUUAAUGUCCGUCAGCUUUUUCUUGAAUUUCAAAUUGAUCCUCCAACUGAAGGAAAUUGUUUGGGCGAUAAAUUCACUGCAACAGCUUCCGGUAUGACACCAACAGCUAUUCCUGUGCUUUGCGGUAAUAAUCGUAAUCAACAUAUUUACCUUUCAUUGCCAACAAAUCAAGAAAAACGUUCUGUAUCGAUUGUGUUCGAGACUAACGCUCUUGGUGACUAUCGAUUUCAUUUAAAAAUUACUCAAAUCGAUUGUCGUGUGCGACAACCUCCUGCUCAAACAGGUCCAUUUUCGUCAAUUUCAACCUUGGCUGCGAGACAGUCGCGAACCAUUUAUCAAAAGAUUCCUAAUCAACUAACAUAUCCUGCACCCACUGGUUGUCUGCAAUAUUUUACACAACCAACAGGAACAAUUGAAAGUUUUAAUUUUGGUCAUUAUCUCAACAACUUAGAUUAUGCUAUAUGUAUUGAACGUCAACCUGAUACAUGUCGUGUUAUUUAUUCGGCGACCGAUUUAAAUUUCGGUAUUGAAUCAUCACAGACGGGGACAAUGCCAGCUGCCGGUGAUCGUUAUUGCAGUAAUGAUUAUCUAUUGCUUAUUGGCGGUUCCCAAACCGGCGAAGGAACAACUCUGGAUCGAUAUUGUGGAGGAAAGUUAGCCUAUUCAAGUCUGGAAACUACCGAAACUCCUGUCAUAACCAAAGCCAACGGACCGAUUGUCGUUCGAUUUCAUUCCGAUGCGACACAUUCGGUUACGUUGAAGGAAGGUUUCCGUGUGAAAUACGAACAAAGUCCUACUGAGUGUUCAACCGCCACUUCGGCUUCAAACAAUCCAUUAUUGAAUAAUCCAAACAGCCCAAAUCCAUUCAUAUCACCUGUAGUAGUUGCUCUGAUGGAAUCCAAUAGACCCAAACCAGUAAAAUUACCACCAUUUUAUCACAGCAAUCUGGACCAAUCAGAAACGAAUGAUGUGGCCAGCACACGAAAACAACAAUCACUUGAAAGCAAAGUGGAAACGGCAUCGCUUGAAAUAAAAUCUAGAUCCAAUGGCAAGCAAUUAGUUUUAUAGUUUUUACUUUUUUUUUGUAUGGGUUAAUAAAAUUUCAA